UCGGACCACAGAUCACUGCAUAGCAUUACGAACCCAUCGGCGACAGCGAGGUGUUGGGGAGGUAACACUUAUCCUAAGCAGCAAGCGUUGUCGUUAUAAUUAACGGGCACAACACAUGGCGGAUUUCAGGGAGCAACAUAGGGCAGAUAUCAGAGAUAGCUUAAAGUCAGCUUCACUACAGAGUCAUCAGUCAUGUCCAGUUCCCUGGAGCUGCCUGGUGAUGAGCUGGCCCUGCUGGACUCCCUGGCUUACGGCAUGAUCGCCAUCUCCGUCCCGACCUUCCUCCUCCUCACGUUUGUCACCACCGCGCUGUACGGCCGCAACUCCACCCGGUUCAUUGUGCCGGGUUUCCUGCCCGCCCGCGUGGCGUGGCUCGUACAGGAGCUGCCGGCGUUUGGAGUGCCGUGUCUCCUCCUCCUGGCCACGCCCGCAGACAGGCUGGCACAUCUCCCUAACAGAGUCCUGCUCGCCAUGUACAUGCUGCACUACUUCCACAGGUCUUUAAUCUUCCCCUUGCUGAUCCGUGGAGGGAAGCCCACCCCCCUGGUUCCCUUCCUCCUGGCUCUGCUGUUCUGUGUGUACAAUGGUUACCUGCAGGCCAGGUACCUGUCACAGUAUGCACAGUAUCCAGACGGCUGGCUGACAGACCCCAGGUUUAUUGUAGGGGUCUUCAUGUUUGCUGCUGGAAUGGCCAUAAACAUUCACUCGGACCACAUCCUGCGCAGCCUCAGGAAGCCUGGGGAGGCAGGCUACAAGAUUCCACAAGGAGGGAUGUUCACAUAUGUUUCUGGUGCCAACUUCUUUGGUGAGAUUUUGGAGUGGGCAGGGUUUGCCGUGGCAUGCUGGUCUCUCCAGGCUGUAGCUUUUGCCACCUUCACCACUCUGAACAUUGGACCUCGGGCCUUCACUCAUCACAAGUGGUACCUGCAGAAGUUUGACAAUUACCCCAAGGACAGAGCAGCCAUCAUCCCCUUCUUGUUGUGAUCUUCUCAUUCCAUCACUGUAAACCAGGAUACCUCAAAUUACAGCCAUGAAAACAGAGGAUGGUCAGGCAACACUGACCACGAGGGUUUAAGUGAUAAGUUGUCAUCUGUACAUCCUAUAUCAAGAUAGGUCCCACAGGUUGAAAUGAACAGAUAUGUGUAGAUACUAGUAUGGGAUAAUCACCAAGUACAUGUAUUGAUAAGAACAGUAAGUCGACAAGUGUUGUGUUGGUGGUGUGUUGUUUACUCUGUCCAGGGACAUACAAGGCUUGAUAUACAACAUGUGCAGUUUUAGAGGAUUACUACUUUGUAACAACAACUUCUGUAACAGUCAAUCUUAGUGUGUCCUGUAGUCUCAGUACUAGCAAGUAGCCAGAUUCUAGAUGCUAGUACCCUGCUUAAAAUUUUUAAAAGGAUCUUCUCACUACAAUUUUAGGGUUGUAUUCAUAGCACUACUGAAGCAAAGACCAUUAUGUGCAAUGGCAAAGAUUUGAACCUUUUGUAUUCAACACUGUUUCAGACUUGGAAAGCUUGCUUCUCUCAGGAAUUGUCAAAGGAACAAUUUUUACUCAGGAGAAUUGAGGAGUGGAUUUUUGGCCUGUAUCAGACAUGUUGUUCGAAUGAAAGCUCUAUAACUAUGUGUUGUUGUUGUUUUUAACAGAAUCUGUUUCAAAUGAAUUAGUUAAGCAGAAUAAUCAAAUCCUGGAUAGUGAUUGUGUACUUAGGAGCUAACUUUUGAUGACAGGUAAUCUAUUUCACCAUAGAAAAAUGAUUUGUACAACCCAUGUGCCAAAUGUACUAGAAACAUUGAGAACAACUAUAACAGAAUCCCGAAAUUCAUUGCAGUGUAUAUUGUUGGUAUAGGUCUUCUAUCCUAUGCGUUAUGAUACUUUACUACAAUAAUGUUAUCUACAAAUAAAACGCACAAAUCAAGUGGGACCAUAUUA